AUGACCGAGUCCACUGUGCUACUCCUCCAAGGUGAAUCCAUAUUCAUCACACUAUUGCUAAUACUCUUGCUUAUCGUAAGUAGCAGCGGCAAUAACGAGUCCGCAGAAUCGCGUUGUGCGAUUGGAGGACCGCCUAUUAGAUUUCCCUUCCAAAAGGGAAUGAAAGAUGCAUGUGAUUCUCCCGGAUUUUGUCUAUAUUGUAGUGAAAAGAAUGAGACCAUGCUUGUACUCGCUGCAGUAAAACUCCGUGUCACAUACAUAUAUUACCCAUCUCAGAGUCUUUACUUGGAAGACCCAGAAAAUUGCCUUCCGAGGAAGUUUCUAAACCUCAACAAUAUUUCUAUUCUUCCUUACGAAUUUUAUUCAUCAAAUUAUGGACAAAAAACAAACUUCUUGAACUUCUUCGAUUGUUCUUCAGUUGGGCUUCCUCACCUGAGAAACAACGACCAGCUAUACCAGACUUCGCAAAAUAUGAUCUCUUGUCCGACUUACGUUUCCAAUUCCUACGAAAGUGUCCUUGAACUUGAUCUAACAUCUUGUACCAAGAUGUUCAAUAUCACUGCGCAGGUCUCGGCAUCCAACCUGCGGUUGAAUCAGUUGAAUUUGAGAUGGUCCAUACCAGAUUGUAGUAAGUGCGAAGCAAAAGGCAGCAGGUGUAAAUGGAAGAACAACAGCACAACCGAUGUCGAAUGUGUUGUUGACUACAAUCCCCAAGGAAAAAAAAUUGAUAUUCCCCAAUCUUAUAUUUUCACUGCUACAGGUUCUAUUCUUUUGGGGCUGGUGGUUAUUGCCGUGUUUAAGAUAGCCCACCAUUUUAGAAAGAAGGAAGAAGACCAAGCUAGAGUGGAGAAAUUUCUAGAGGAUUACAGGGCAGACAAGCCUGCAAGAUUUACCUAUGCUGAUGUUAAAAGAAUCACAGGUGGUUUUAAGGAAAAGUUAGGAGAAGGAGCUCAUGGAGCCGUAUUUAGAGGAAAACUUUCAAAUGAGAUUCAGGUGGCUGUGAAGAUCCUCAAUAAUACAGAAGGAGAUGGGAACGAUUUCAUUAAUGAAGUUGGAAUUAUGGGAAAAAUCCACCACAUCAACGUGGUUCGUUUGCUUGGCUUUUGUGCUGAAGGACUCCAUCGUGCCCUUGUCUACAACUUGUUUCCAAACGGCUCGCUACAAAGCUUCAUAUUUCCACCGGAUGACAAGGACCGUUUUCUUGGCUGGGAGAAGCUGCAACACAUUGCUCUUGGAAUAGGUAAAGGGAUUGAGUAUCUUCAUCAAGGUUGUGAUCAUCCCAUUAUUCACUUCGACAUCAAUCCUCACAAUGUGUUACUCGAUGACAACUUCACUCCAAAAAUUUCUGACUUUGGCUUAGCCAAAUUGUGCUCCAAGAAUCCUAGUUUGGUGUCCAUGACAGCUGCAAGGGGAACCUUGGGAUACAUUGCACCUGAAGUGUUUUCCAGAAACUUUGGAAAUGUGUCUUACAAAUCUGAUAUCUACAGUUUUGGAAUGUUGUUGUUGGAAAUGGUUGGAGGAAGGAAGAAUGUAGACAUAUCUUCUGCACAAAAUUUUCAUGUACUGUACCCGGAUUGGAUCCAUAACCUGGUUGAUGGAGAUGUCCAUAUCCAUGUUGAGGAUGAAGGUGAAGUUAAAAUUGCAAAGAAACUAGCAAUUGUUGGACUUUGGUGCAUUCAGUGGCAGCCAGUGAACCGUCCAUCCAUAAAAUCUGUGAUACAAAUGCUAGAAACUGCAGAGGAAAACCAGUUAACUGUUCCCCCUAACCCAUUUCACUCAACAACUUCCACUACUACUGGUAGACUCACCACAACAAGACGACCUUUGGAGUUGGAAGCGAUUCAAGAAUGA